UACCUACGUAAGUUCUACACGGAUAAUGACUGAGAAUUUGACCUCCGAAAUAUUAUCGCAGUGCCGACAGCAAUAUAAAUAGUUGUUACAAACCCCAAUUAAUCAGUUGCAACCCGAAGUCGAGCAAUACACACCUAUCACAAUGGCUGCGAAGUUCGUCGUUGUAGCUCUCUUGGUGGCGGCCGCCCAGGGCAGCGCGAUCCAUGGCGGUAACUACAACAGCUUCUCCUAUGGAGUGUCUGACCCCUACACCGGCGACGUGAAGAGCCAGCACGAGACCCGCGUGGGCGACAACGUGGUCGGCCAGUACUCGCUGCUGGAGUCCGACGGCACAAAGCGCACCGUCGACUACGCCGCUGAUGCCCACUCUGGAUUCAACGCUGUCGUGCGCAAGGACCCUCUGCUGCACGCCGCUCCCGUCGCCAUCGCCCACGCCGCUCCUUUGGCCGUUGCUGCUCACGCCGCUCCUCUGGCGUACGCCGCCCACGCCGCUCCUCUCGCUCACUCCGCCUACUCUACCCAAAUCGCCCAUGCCGCUCCCCUGGCCCACAUCGCCCACGCUGCCCCCAUUGCCCAUACCGCCUACGCCGCUCCCAUCGCCCAUAGCGCCAUCGGUUAUGGUGCCCAUGGCGCCAUCGGCUACGGUGCCCAUGGUCUCGGUCUUGGUUACGCCGGUCAUGGACUCGGUCUCGGCCACGGUCUUGGAUACGGCAAUGGACUCGCCUGGUGAAUGUAG